CCUCAAGUUGCAGGAAUCUUAUUUCUAGUUAAAGUUCCCACAUCGCCGCCAGAACCCGCCCAGCGCUCAGCUCGACGCAGACGUUCUGCGUUUUCAUAACAACGCGCUGCUUCUCCACCUCUUUCUCAUCAACAUAAAGUAGACAUUCCUAAUAGAACAAUAAGUUAGGCGGAUGUAGUACUCUUUUUUUCCUAUCUCUAUGGUGCCCGCACGCUUUUCUCUCUUCCUCUGUCGUCACUUCCGUGAGCGCCACAUAGGUCUCUAAGUGAUCCGGUGACUCCUUUUGUGCCGCGAAAGGGAAGAAUAAUUUGAGAGAAGCUCUAGCCCUCCCGUUGGGCGGGAGUAAUUUCACUGGGGGGGGAGGGGGGCGCGGCAGCGGCGGUGGUGACGGGGAGGCGUUGGUUCCCAACGAACAGUGGCUUGGUAUUACCGGUGAGGCCGUGAGAGGAGCUGUGCGCAUGCGCUUAGAAGGGGACCCUGGCGAAGGAAUAGCAGGAAGAGGCCAGAAUGCUUCUGCCUUGACAGUUUAUUUUAUCCGCGGACCGGAUUUCCUGGUUGCUGCUGGUGGUUGUAUUUUUCCCCUUAACGCCCUGACACUCUGUAAUUCGGGUAGUGAAAGGGAUAGCUGCUCAUCUGGGAGGAUAGCAGCCUUGAUUGUUGUUUCUUCUUCUUUUCUUUUAAUAAUAAUUCGGUUGCAUCGUGUUGCAGCCUGCUCAGAGCAAACUAGGAUAGGAGUUGGAAAAUAUAUGGAAAAACAUAUUUUGCUUUCACCAUGGUCGAUUUUGAGUUUUUAGGAUUUUCCUGCUGUAGCAGGGUGGAGAAAUGGACUGUAAUAUAGUUUCUUCCAUAGUGCUGAUGGACAAACUAAGUUAUUUUAACGGGAAUUGGGGGCAAAGGUUGGAAUUGGAAAUAUUUUUGAUGUUGGAAAUAUUUUCUUCCCAUUGCUGUGCCCCUUUCCCCACAUAAUCAUACUUCAGGAUUUUUUGUCUGCUUUUUUUUUUUUAUCAGAAAAAAAAACCCCAUCUCCUUUUCCGUUUACCUCUUGGGACUUUCCCUUACCAUCCUCUAAAAUUACACCUGCAAUCCAGGCAAUGAAUUUCGACUGAGUGGCUGUAUCUUGUUCUUUCAGAUGAUAGCCCUAUGGGCCAACCAUUUAGCGUGUUUUCUUAAAAACAAAAACCCAACACCAUACAGUGGUACCUCGGGUUACAUACCCUUCAGGUUACAGACUCCGCUAACCGAGAAAUAGUGCUUCAGGUUAAGAACUUUGCUUCAGGAUGAGAUCAGAAAUUGUGCUUCGGUGGCACGGCAGCAGCAAGAAGCCCCAUUAUCUAAAGUGGUGCUUCAGGUUAAGAACAGUUUCAGGUUAAGAACGGACCUCCGGAACGAAUUAAGUACUUAACCCGAGGUACCACUGUAUUACCAUAUUUUGGAGGACUUCCGGGGUGGCGCCAUCAGCAAUGGCGGACUCCCUCUGAACAGGAGGGACUAGCUCCGCGGGAAACGGGUCUUGUCCGCUACGGCGAAGCGAGGACCCUUUUAAAAAUCACAGGCGGAUGAAGCCUGUGACCAUGGGACUCGGCGGGCACCUUUAGCGCCCCCCCAACUCGCUAAGGAACCCACUAACGGGCUCCGAAGUGAAGAGGGGGAAGUGGCGCGGUGCUGUGAGUCAAUUGCUAUUUCCGUGGAGCGAAGCCGCACAGCCGUUGCCGGAGAGCGCUGCCUUUUUCCUGGGACAAUUUGGACUCUAAAAUAAGCACCCGUGAGUACUUAGACUUUGAACAACUGGACAUUAGAUAAGGACUUGCGAGCAGAAAGGAAUUGGAUUUUAAAAACCUAUUUUAAUUUGGUACGGAACGGGAAGGUCUAAACAGGAAGUCAGCCUUCCGUUCUUCUGUAGACAGAAUAAAGCAAAGACAACGUAAACUAGAGCUUAGAAAAUCGCCUUUAAAGGAUUGGAUUUCAUCAUUUAAAAUUGUGGAACCCCCCUUCGACAGCAGGAGAAGGAGGGGGAUCUUUUCCGGACUGUUUAAAGUGAGUUUAAAGUAAAGUAACUUUCCUCCGUCCUGAUCCUGGAGCGGGGUGUCAGGACUGAUGUUUGAAGUUCAUUGACCAGAGACAAGCAGUUUGACAGAUAGCUAAAAGAAGAGAAACAUAGCGAUUCCACUGCUUCCCUUCGCAUCUUUAAGCAACAAAUAUUGACAAAGUAUCUCAAAAAGGGAAACUUUGUUGCAAGAACAAAUAGAAGUUUUCCCCCUAGAGGGAGACUGUGUAACUGUUACCAACUCCAGAGAGCCGGCAGCUGUUACAGAUAACAAUCGUGGGAACAGGCAUUCGACCUUGCAGGACAAUGUAUUCAGAAGCUUUGUUGUGUGCUUUCUAUAAAACAAAUGCCCUACUGGAACAAUUACAUGAAAAGGUGAAUUGGAUGGCGACUUCGACUAGAAAUUUUGAACAGGCAGUGGGAAAUUUUGAACAGACAGUGGGAAAAUAUGUGGAGCCCACCCAGGAAUUAAAUCAGGAGUGUGUCCUGACAGAACAGGCCCAACAGGAAUAUGAGUUUUCGGAUUUGACAAAUGAACUUGGAAAAAGCCAGAUUUGGAAAGAAAAAGUUUGGUUUGGCUUGGAAAUGGGGGGCUGGAUUGACCCCCCUAUGCUGGGAUGUUUGGACUUUUCAAAUCUGACAAUGGGCCGUGAGAUGUUUGGGAUUGUGGGGGCUCUUAAUUUCGGAGGGUCUUUGAAACAUGCUUUUAAAUACCAUAUGGAACUCAGUGUUGAAUCUGGAAAAGGGGCUGAUCUGUCGAGAAGGGUUAAAAAUAUUGCCAAGCUGGAGUUACCACGAGCAGGAGACAAGGGAAAAUACAGUUACAAAUAUGAAGAAGAGCUGCGGAAGGGACAUGGAAGAGACUUGAGGGCCUCGGAUAUAAGGCUGCCAGGUUAAUGGGCUAGAUCGACAGGAUAAUAAGGACUGACAAAACCCGGAACCAGGAGGAAGGGACGUUGGAUGAAGAUUGGAUUUGUUUGUAUUUCUUUUUUCUACCAUUAGAACUGUUUUAUAAAAUUGAUGAAUGUUAGAAAAAUGUUGGAAUGAAACUACUUGGCUUUAGUAAAGAUGUUUAAAGAAUUAUGAAAGAAUAUUAUGGUUAUGAGAAGUUGGUAAGGAUAAGAUUUAAGUUUUAAGCUUUAAGGUUUAUUUUAUUAUAGAAAGAUAAGAUUAAAACAGUUUAGGGUAAUGUAAUGACAGAAUAUUAUGAAAUAUGGAAAGGAUUUGCUGGGAUAAUUAAUAACUAGGAUACAAAGAAAGGGAGGAGGAGGAGGUCAAAGAAAGAAGGUAAUGACAGUUGAGGAUAUGAGAAUAAUGAAUUUGUUUUUAAAUGUUUUUUAAUUGUGUGUGAUGUAUUUUUGUAUUUUUUUUCUUUUUGUCACUUUUUCUUAUUUUUGAAUUUGUAUUCAUAUGGUUGGAAGGGGUUUGUUUUUUUUUCUUUUUCUACUUUGUUAAUUAUUUUUAUUUUGUAUUUUCUACUGCUUUUAUUUUAUCUGGUAACACUUUGAAAAUUUCAAUAAAUAUCUUAUUAAAAAAAAUGUAUUGCCAUAUUUUGAUGUGUUCUAUCACUCUUGCAAAGCCUCUGACAGCCAAAUUUAGUUGAAUUGAAAUAUUGGGGUGUGUGUAUGUAUAAAUCACAGCACACGAGUUGAAAUUACAUGCACGCUUGAGAACAUGACGAACCUUGCUGAAUCAGACCAAAGGUGCACCUCAUCCAGUAUUCUGCUUCCCACAGCAGCCAACAACAUGCUUAUAGGAAGCCUUCAAGCAGAACAUAAGCACAAUAAUAUUUUUCUGCUUUUAUUCACCAUUGACCAAUAUUCAGUCUCAUGCUACCUCUGAGCCUACAAAUAGUACAUAGCCAUCACAGCUUGUAGCUAUUAAUAGACAAUUCAUGGAGAAUAAGCCUAAUCCCCUUUUAAAGCAGUGUAAAUUGGAGGUCAUCACCACAUCUUGUGGUAGAGAAUAGUUUUAUCAAUGUGUUGCGUGAAUAAGUACUUUUUAUUGAAUCUUCUGUCAUUCACUUUCAUUGAUUCAUCCCAGGUUCUAAUAUUAUGAGAGAGGGAGAAAAACAUCUAUUUCCACACCAUGCAUAAUUUUUCAGCUUUUCCCCUAAACUAAAAAGCUCCAAAUGCAACCUUUCUUCAUAGGGAAGUUCUUCCAGCCCCUUGAUAAUUUCUGCUGCCUUUCUUUCUUUCUUUCUCUUUCUUUCUUUCUUUCUUUCUGCACCUUUCCCAGCACUACAGUAUCCUUUUCUGCACACUUUACAUUAGUGUAAAGGCAUUACAAAACUGGCAGGUGUUUUAAAACCCUUUUCCUAGUAAUUCCUAACAUGGAAUUCCCUAUUUUUUUCACAGCUUGUUUGUGACAAUUCUGUUGGCCACAUAUCACUUUCUCUCUGCCUUGAAGAUUGCAGCUUUGUAUUUUUAUGCAUUUGUGGGAGGUGGUCUGGCAAGCAGCUGUUGCUCAGUCUGCUCCUGGAAACCCUGGUUUGGGUGUCAGAUUUCAGAUAAAUAGAACCCCCCCCCCCGAUAGGUUUAAGAUUUCAAUAACUUGCUCUUCCUUCAUUCCUCUCUUUCUUAGCUCUCUGAAUGUCACAGCUUCUACCACUUCCCCCCAUUACCAGGCAGCUGCUCUUGGUUCACUCUUUGUCUAACCAUGGUUCUCUAACUCUUCCUCCCAUCUUUGCAAAAUUGCUCUUAUUCUACUUCAUCAAUAAAGCAUUAUUUUCCUGAAAAAGUUCAAUCUUCAUCCCUAUUUCCCUGUCCCAGCUACUUUACAAAGACACCUCAUUACUUAGACCAGGGAUGGGGGAUCUGUGACCUUCAAGAUCUUAAUAAACUUCAGCUCCCAUUGUCUCCGACCAUUGACCGUGCUUGGACAUCUCUACCAGACUGAUAGCAGCCUGAUCCUGGCAGUAUACAGCCACACCUCAAAGAGAAGUUAAUCUUUUCACACUAGUAAUUUGUAUUUCAGAAUACCUUAUAUCCAGAACAUGGUGAAGUAGGUUUCUGAUGUAUGUAGCAGUGCGUGUCCAAAGCAAAGGUGAUAGUAUCUUCCUCCCACUAUUAAAAGACAGGCUACUCAGUUACAGAUAUCCACCAUCCUGUCUGAUUUGUCCCUGAGUUUUAGAUACACCAGUUUGCAGCCUUAAGCUGCAAUUCCACUCAUACAAUAAGCCUUUGAAUUCAGCUGAUUGAACUUUGGAAUAUAUAUGCACAGGGUAGUUUGAAAGUCUGCCAUUUGGGAGGGUAGGUUGAAAGCUGCAGUUAUGUGAAGUGCUAUUGGUGGAUUGCUUUGAUUAUAUUUGUUUUCCCAUACAAAGCAGCUGUUGCUGAAUUUAGUGUUUUCUUUUCCUGUCCAAUUGAAAUAAGCUCAAGUUCUCUCCCAUUAAUUAUUAAUAGUGCUGCAGCUGGUCUCUCAUUGCUGUCUUUAAAAAACUAUGUUAUGCUAAGAGCUAAAACAUAAAUUAACAAACUGGAUUAUAAAAUGAGAUUUAAUAUGUUACAUGUAAAAUGUGAUGCCUAUAGUAUGGAUAUUUCUAAUAGUGUGUGAAGUGCUAUUACUGUAAAAAUAGUACCUGUGAAACAGAAAAUAAGAGAAAAGCAGAAUUAAAAUUAACCAAUUAUCACCUUUCAAAUAAAUCCCAAAGAAGUAUCGGAAAUGGGGCAGGUACAGGAAAUUGAGUCUAUUUAAAAUCUGCUUCUUAGCCACUUAUAUUGAAUCUAGGCCACAUAACAUAGUUGUAAUUUGCAUUAUAUGUAUUUACUUCAUUUUAGUCAUGAACCCCUCCCUAAGUUAUUAAUUGUUAAAGGUUCUUUACAAUUAUUGGAGUAAGAUCUAUUCUAUUUAUAUCUAUCCUGUUAAUUUGUAUACAGGAAGUUGAAGGGUUUGCAAGUAGAGAAACCUUAAUUAGUGGGGAACGCAACCAAGAACAAUAAAAAUAACUAUUCACUCAACCCCCAAUCCCCUCCUCACUUUCUAGUUGCCAGAGGCUUUUUAAAAAAACCCAAAGAUGACCAGGCAAGUCACUUUUUGUAUUUGUUUCACUUUAAACAGCAAUGGUCCGUAAUGGCAAAAAUGGUGGACUCCAUCUGAAACAGAUCUCUUACUACAAACAAACCGGUGGAUAUCAUCCCACAACAUUAGCAAGUGAAAGAAGCGGAAUAAGAAGAGCAGCUAAAAAGUUUGUUUUCAGAGGUAAAUAUAAUAUAAUGGUCUUGGGAGUUCAGUGUGCUUUGUGCCAUGCCUUUAUAUCCGUGAAGGCUGAGACCAAACAAUACAGUGGUGCCUCGCAAGACGAAAUUAAUUCGUUCUGCGAGUUUUGUCGUCUUGCGAUUUUUUUCGUCCUGCGAAGCAUGGUGUCGGGAAAGUUUUGGAAAAGCUUCAAAAAUCACCAAAGUCUUUAAAAACCUCAAAAAAGGCUACCACACCAAAAAAGGCUACUUCUAUGAGUUGCUCCUCGAAGUCAAGUCGCAACUGUAUUAACGGUGUUAAGAAAAAGGAAACAAACUUGCAAGACGUUUCCGUCUUGCGAAGCAAGCCCAUAGGGAAAAUCGUCUUGCGAAGCAGCUCAAAAAACCCUUUCGUCUAGCGAGUUUUUUGUCUUGCGAGGCAUUCGUCUUGCGAGGUACCACUGUAUUGGGCUGGGUUGUUGCUUAUCAAAUGUAAAGUGGGAUUUGCAUCAUCAUACAUAAAAAGAACAUAAUGAACAUUAUUUUCUUCUAAGAAAUUAAAUACUGUACACAGGAGCAUAUAAAUCAGGAAUAUUACAUAUUUAUGUAUGUUUAUGCCAUUCUUCAUGUAUAAUUUGAAAUUUUGGGUGGCGAGUCUGGUGUUACCAAGAAAAAAUCUGGAGGGCCGCAGGUUUACCACCCAUGUCUUCUGAGGAAUGGAAGGUGUUCCAUUUUGGCAAGAUCUUGGAAAUCUCCAGGGAAACGUGCUUGGUGCCUGCUUUGCUGACACUUCAGCAACAGCCUUUUUAUUACCUUAGCCAUUUGAACUUUUUAAGUUAACAAGGACAAUUUUUAUUUCUGCUGUGUUCCUCUUCAAUUUCUGGUGCUGGAUUUCAUGCAGUUCCAUUUGCCAUUGCUUCAUCUAUUUUGUCUUUAUUUUAUUAAUGGGAUAGUACUUUAUUCUUCUUUUAAGCUGCCCUGGGAACACAAUAGGGUUGAAAGUGGGAGAUAUAAAUUUAGCAAAUAAAAUAAAUGUUAGCUUGUGUCUGCCUAUUUUGAAAUACAAUUCCCUGUCAUGCUAACUUUACAUUUGUAUUCUCGGCAAACAAAAGCUGAUAUUUUCUAAAAUUUUACCCAUGCAAAAUCCCUCAAAAAUAAUCUUGCUGGCCACAUUACCACCAACUUUAUGUCUCUCUUUCAGAAUAGAACUGUCUGUUUUGAGCAGGUGUGCUAAGAAGUAGUUAUGAAUAAAAUUUGAACCAAUAUACAAUAAAUGGUAUGAAAUUACACAAUUUAUUUGAAUGCUUUCUUUUAGAUAACAGUCUGUUCUAUGUGGGAAAAGACAAGAGGCAAAUGCGCCUGGUGAUUCUUUCUGAUGAAGAGAAAAGGAAAGUGUUAGAAAAGUGCCAUGAAAAUCAUGCAGGUGCACAUCAUGGCAUAUCAAGGACACUGACCCUGGUGGAAUCCCAAUAUUAUUGGACAUCAGUAACCAGCGAUGUAAAACAGUGGGUAUGGGUCACACUGUGUUUAUGUGUGUGUGUGUGCGCACAUGUGAAUGAUCAUUCUUUAAAGUCCGCUUUGCAUGAUAUGGCACUCAUGGGAUACGGGUGGCGCUGUGGUUUAAACCACUGAGCCUCUUGGGCUUGUUGAUUAGAAGGUCGGUGGUUUGAAUCCCCAUGACAGGGUGAGCUCCCGUUGCUCUGUCACAGUUCCUGCCAACCUAGCAGUUCGAAAGCACACCAGUGCAAGUAGAUAAAUAGGUACCGCUGCGGCGGGAAGGUAAAGGGUGUUUCUGUGCACUCUGGCUUCCAUCAUGGUGUUCCAUUGCAGCAGAAGUGGUUUAGCCAUGCUGGCCACAUGACCUGGAAAGCUGUCUGUGGGCAAACGCUGGCUCCCUUGUCCUGAAAGUAAGAUGAGCGCUGCAACCCCAUAAUUGCCUUUGACUGGACAUUUUUCUCAGUUUGUUCUACUUAAAACUGGUGGUUCAAGAUGCAGAGAAAGACCGGAUCCUAAAAGUGCAUUUGCAAGAAAAGGUUGGAAUGUGUGGUUCUGGGGUAUUCUUAAUUUAUUUUGUGUGGCUUUACUUAUUCUAAAUCUUCAUAAGACAGCAGAAUAUAAACAGCAAUAGAAAGUUCCACCCUUGGACUAUUAUCUAAUCAACAGAUGCUUGUGUUGCAUUCUGAGAUAAUAUUGCCAAUGCUGUUAAAUGUGUAUUAAUGUAAUACCUAUUGGCUGCAACACCAAACAUUGAAGUAAGUUGGUAGCAUGUGGCACCCUGUCAUUUGUUUCAUAUACGAAUCGCUUCCCAUAAAGAAUCUCAAAGUGAUUUAACAGUAAGCACAUAUUUAAAACCAAAUCCAAGUCUGAAACAUUUGCAGACUGGGAUUAAAAUCUUCACUUAUGAAAAGCUGCUUGGAAAAGGAACGCCUUCAGUGGACACCCCCAAAAGAUAAUAGGGACUGUGGGAGUGAGUUCCGAAGGGUAAGUGCUGCCACUCUAAAGGCCCAAUUCCAACAUUAUACAGAAUGGACUUCCUGAUGAGAAAGGCUCUGCAGGAGGCUGCAUCCUAUAGAGUACAGUGAUAAGGGGCGAGAUGAUCUUUGGGUAUUCUAAUCCCAUGCUUUAUAGGGAUCAGAAUCUUGAAUUUAGCUGAUUGGCAACCAGUGCAAUUCUUUCAGCAGCAGCGUAAUCUGAUGAUGAUGCUUUGUACCAGUGAGCAGUUGAGCUGCUGAGUUUUGCACUAGCUGCAGGUUCUGGACCAGCUUCAGGGACAGCCUCACACAGAGCAUAUUGCAGUGAUCAUAUGUGGAGAUUCUCAGUGCAUUACGACACUGAUCAUGCUAUACUGGUCCAGAAACUACCAUAGCUGUUUAAUCAGCUGAAACAAGUAAAAGUACUAGUAGCCACCGAAGUCACCUAGGCUUCUCACAACAGAUUGAUCCAGGAGUGCCCCCAGACUACAAAACUGGCAGUGUGAAUAGAACAAUGCACCAAAAUAAAUUGCAAGUUGAGUUUUCCUGAGUUAUUUUUGUAUCUGAGUAGAUGGGGAUCUGUUAUGGUGUUUGUAGUUAUAAGUAUCAAAACAUGUUUUGUGAUAGUUUCAACCGAAAGCAAUGUAGCAUGGUUAUUCUGUCUUAAACCUAUUGUUAGAAUAAUAGGAGAUACUCGAAUAACUUAUUACAAAAACAUUAUUAAUGCAAAUGGAUGGACUAUUAACACCCAUUUUCAUGACUUUUCUCCCAGGUGUACGCUUGCGAACAUUGCCAGGUAGCAAAGAAUACAGCUGCUGUAGCAUCUAAAUUCCAUUCUAUUAAGGCAGAAGACCCGUGGACUGUAGUUACUCUAGAGCUAAUGGGACCUUUUGAUGCCACCAGCCGGAACAAUGUGUAUGUCAUCCUCCUAACAGAUGUCUUCACUAAGUGGGUUGUGGUUUUGCCCCUGCAUGACCUUUCAGCAGCUGAAGUGGCUAAGGCAGUUGUCAGCGCAUCGUUCUGUUAUGGACCACCUCAGAAAAUAACUAUAGAUCAGGAAGAAGAGUUUGUUCAUCAGGUAAGAGGAGCGAACUUUGCUGUGGAAAGUGCACUUGAUAACUUCCAGUUGAGCUUAUUCUUUGGUUCAUGUAUGUUAAAUGUCUAAAUUUGAACAAAUUGCAAUUUUGUAUCUCAAAGAGAAAUUAAGCUUAAACAUUUCAGUACCUUUACAGUGUAACUGUGCCACUAUUUCAAAGCACAGUUUUCAGUUACCAAGUGAAAUAAAAACAAUGUGGAGGUUUAAAAUGAUUUGUCUUAUUCUUAAAGAUCAACAGGGAGCUGUUUGAACACUUUGGGACAAAGGAAUUAAUAAUGCCAUACCCUCAAGCUGAUCAUGAAAAUGAAGCUGUCAAGACAAUCAGAUCUUUCCUUCUCAAAUAUUGCACGGAGCACACCAAAGACUGGGAUGAUCAUUUGCAAGCUAUUUCAUAUGCGUUCAACUUGAUUGAUUCAGUAUGUAUGGAGAACAUUUGUACCUUUUGUGUGAACUGGGGCUGAAUGUUCUUUAGUAGCACAGUGUCAAAUAUAACCACAUUUCCUUUUUCUUCCUUCCUUUUUUUUAAAAUAGGAAACUAGCAACAACACGCCCUAUUUCCAAAUGUUUAAACGAAAUCCUUAUAUACCUUCAACAUUAAGUGUGAUUCAAGAAGGGGAGAGUGACUGCAUGUUUGUGAGAAUCUUAUCUGCUAUUAGACAAGCAGAGAAAGCAGUACAGGAAAGGACAAUUUCAGGUUGCCAGGUAAAUCUGCCUCCUCCCUUUCUCAGGAAAAAAUAUUCAACAUUCAGUGAAUACAGUAAUUCAGAGAAAGAAAAUGUGUGAAUGAUUUUAAUUCAGCACAUUUAAUGAAUGUCUUUCAUUGACUAUUAUUUCCAGCUGUUUGAGCUAGAAAUAAAGAUUAAAAAUGCUCCCCUAAAUAAUGCACAAAUGUGUCUGAAUAAGGCUCAUUCAAAUCUUCAAACUGUACAGAUUAAGUUAAGGCCUAUUCCUCUGUGGUCUAGGGAGUGGAGCUGUCUGACAUCACACUGAAUUCCCUUCUUAUGAAGGACAAAUACAGACAGGAACUUAUUAGAUAUAAGAAAGAAAGCAAGACCCAGAUAUCAUUUAGAAAAGUAAUAUAUAUCAGCCAUACCUUUCAGACAUUUAUAGCCCACAGUUUCACAAAACUAAUAAGGUAGGCUAAUAGAAAACUUCAUCAUGAGUUCAUAUGGAUAUGUGUAUACACUGGAGCACACAGAAAACCAUAUGCUCAUUUUCUGAUUUCCACACAUCUUGCAGACUCAGUCUGGCUUGCACAGAUCAGAUGCACUUGAGAAAACACACACAUCUGUCUGAGUUGUACAUCCUUAAAACAAAAGUUCUAACUAAUAGGUUCAUUUGCUACUUAGAAUAUGAAGAAAAUGCCUGUGGAACAGCGGAGUGGGAACAUGAGCCAAGUCAGGAAGAAACCAAAGCAAGUUAAUCAAUUUCUCCUUAAAGUUGGACAUGAAGUUCUCAGACAAAAGAAGAACUGGUGGAAAGAUGGUCGCUUCCAGUCCGAAUGGGUUGGCCCCUGUAUUAUAGAUUAUGUUACUGAUAAUGGCUGUGCAAUAUUAAGAGAUGCCUCUGGCUCAAGGCUGAAAAGGCCCAUCAAAAUAUCUCAUCUUAAGCCAUAUAUAAGAGGAUCCCAGGAACAAGGUGAAAGUUAUGUCUAGUUAUAUUCAAUUAUCUGGUUGUCACGUUGCAUUAAACCAUAGGUAAAGCAAAUAAACUGGUGCACACUGAUCAGAAAUCCCUUUCUGUGCCAGGAGCAACAAACCAUAAGCCUGUUCCUGUUAUGUGUGAACCCAACUUGUGGUUUUCACUUCCAAAUUGCAAAUAGGAGCCAAGGUUUAGGGGAAGGAAACCUUGAGCCCAGACUUGCACGUAAUGACAAGCCAGCCAUCGUGGGUUGCUGCUCCUGGUACAGAGUGGGGAAGAGGGAAGCUGGGACUUUUGACUAGUGUGCGCUAGCAUGCAUUAAACCAUAGUUAACACGUAAGUUUAAACCAUAGUUGAUGUUGAACUAUGCCAUUGGCUUUUACUUUUCCCAAAUAAGAGCAAUAAUAAGUGAAGAAUCUCAAAAAACCACCACAAUUAAAAGCAAUUUGAUCUUAUUAUAGUUCCCAUUUCUUCUUUUACAUAUGCAGAUUUACGGGGAAGCUUUCUUGCCCUGUAAAACUUGCCUAAGGCUUUCCAGCCCUGCAAAACUUGUUUUUUGUGUGUGCAUUUUCUCCAGCUAUACAGAGUUAGGUUGGCCUUUUGCCUGUUGAAAUACACGCACUAUAAUAAUUAUGGACAGGAUGCUGAGGUUUAAGGAAGCCUUGGAAAUGCACCACUGCUAAUUACAGUAAUUGUGAGAACUGUUCUGGGCAUAUAGUCCAGAUAGUGAUAUGUCUAAGAAGAGAACUGAAAAUCCAAGCAGGAUAAGGUUGUAGAAGUACAUGUUUCUGCUGCAGUUUAUCCAUGUGUGUAGUGGGUUACGGAAGGAUGGCAGCAUUUAUUAUUAAAUUUUGGUGAAUAUGUUUGUGUGCUGUCUUCUGUAAUCAUUGAAGGAAUUGCUGAAAUGCAAAAUGAGAUGUCAAGAGCACUCCCUGUCUUCUCUCUCUCUCUCUCUCUCUCCUCCUCCCCCAUUAACUUAGGCUGCUCUGCUUUACCUAGCCAGUGAAAAUAUUGAAUUGUUGAAUCCCCUGAAUGUUGUUUAAAGCACCUGUAUUGAACCAAUUUCCCAAAAAUAUCUUGUUUACUUGUGCAGAGAAUGAACGUCUUCAUGACGUCAGUCAGCAUUCUGGCUUUCUGUCCUAGUUCAGAAGAGAUAAUUGAAAUAUUUAAUUUCCAUCUCCAGUCUAUUUGUGACGGGCUCAGCAAUUUCAUUUCCUUUAAACCGACACUGAGUCACCAAGCAUGAUAUUUAGAAAGGAGCCAACAGCUGCAAGCUGCACAGUCCAAAGAUCCAAAUUGCAAGACAAAAAAAUGACUGGGCUUUUGUUUUGUGUGUGUUUUAUUUUUUGUGGUGGUACUGGAGGAAUGGAUACAGGGCAGAUUGGUUAACUGCUUCUUGACCAGUUUAGCAAGGAAGCUUCUUACUAGAAAAUUUAUUUAAGGCUUUUACAUCAAGAUGCCUUAACUGUAAAAUUUAUAUUACCUCCAAAUAUCCCUAUUUACAAAUGUGUAAAUAUCUUGAUGUAUCGUGACAGAAAAAGAGGAAAGAGAGAAUGCUUAAAAAAAAAAAUAUAAAAUAAAUCCUUUGGUCUGUUACAAUAUGGAGGCCAAUUUCAGCCCCUUCCUUUAUUAGCUGGGGCACUCUAAGAAGCACCUGCAUAUCCAUUGUUGUAGUCUAUCUCAGCUCUUAAAGAGAACGUCUCAAGAACUGUGGCCCAUAAAAUGGGGUACAGAUAUGACAUUCUGCUACCUCUGUAUUGCUGCUCCUGUCCCUGGAUUCAGAAGUGUACGAUGCAAUGGGCUUGCAUCCCCCCCCCCCCCGGCCAUUUAAUGGCCUUGUCUGCCUAAAAGGUUACCAGAUUUUUUUCAAUGAAUCCGGGGACACUUUUCAACUUCAAUGGAUUUUGUAUGGGGACUGAUUUGUAAAUCCGGGGACUGUCCGCAGGAAACGGUCAUGUCUCGUAACCUUAGCCUAAAUGAAACUUGGCUUCUAAUCAAAAUGUAUUUUCCAAUUGCAGAUAGCAGCUACAUUUGGCAGAGUGCUGUCAUGGUUGAUCAUGAUUAUGUCGGUUCAUCCGAAACGUCCGCAGGACAGAGCUCCAAAGAUGUCUUUUCUGGAAAAGAGCCACCUGUUCCCGUUGCUGAUAAUGGCCUGCCGGGGAAGGACCGUGUCUUCUCAGAAUGUGACAGUAGUGCAGAGGCAGAAUUGAUAGACCCAGACUCCACUGACUCAGUGCCGAAGAAUCCAAAACAGUGGUGUGCAGCUUACUGGACUCUUCAGAAUAAGACAGAGGCUACUUGAUGCAGUAAGACUCCAUUGGAAUAAGUGGUACGGAGCUUGUCAAAGGUGUGUAAAUACCAAACUUUUUCUUCCUUUGUCCAGAAUUGACCACUGGUUCAGCUGCUGCUGAAUGUUCUGUUCGUAUGUUGUAUGAAACCAUAGCUUAGCACCAUAUCCCCAAAUAGCAGCAAGCCUUGGGCUCGUGCAGUCCCCUUUCCUGCUCUGGUGCAGCCAUAGAGGAGGAGACUGGAAACUUUCAGCUGUUUUUCAGCCAACCAUGGUUUCUCAUUUUAUAUCAAACAGGUGAAAUGUUAACUAUGGUUAAGGGAAACAAGUCAACUUCAAGCAGUCUUCAACAUACUGAACCACAUAACCUAUGUAACUACUUCCCUUUAAAAAUCUUCUUUUUCUGGCCAUGCCAAAGGAAGAGAAGGGAGAGAGGAUUCCCAAAAGGUAGACCAGACACAAUUGUCUUUCAUCCAGCAGAGCUUUACUGCUACUGAAGGCAAAUGAGCAUAAUGGUCACAAAUCCAAUACAGUACAUUCAGGAUUGGCACUGUCCAUAAGAAGUCCAGUUGCAGCAGACUUAACUUAAACUUUCAAUAACUUAUAAUAAGACUAAACCUUAACACUAUAUACAGAACACUACACUAGAAGGAAAAGAGAUAGAAAGAGAAGUGAAACCCUGGCUCCUUCUGGCCUUACUUUUAUAGUUAGAAUAACCUUGACAGAAAAAGAUAAGAGAACCAGUUUAAGCCAGCUGUACUCAGCUUCUCUGAAGGAAUAACCCAAACAUCCUGAACCUUCUGCUUGUUUCUUUCACACAGAGAAGCUUCUAGAAUCCUCUUGAAUUAAUUAGAAUAGGAAAGAUCAAUACUUUCUGUACUAAGAAAUGCAAACUGACACACAUGACACUAAACUGUUGUUUAGCAAUAUAUAUGAACUAGCCCAGUAGGGUGGUGCAAUUGCUCCACAGUUUACAGUGGUUUGUGCUGUGUAUACCAUUAGUAUAAAGAAGCUAUGCUUCAAUGUAACUUACUAUAGAAUUAGCGGGAAGUUUUAAGUGGCAUCCAUUCUGGUCAGUUGCCGGCAGCAUUGUGUCUUAUCAAAUAAAAUCACAACAUCCCGCUGUACACCUUUCAUGCAAAUACACUAGAACAGACUGUGGCUUAGCCACAGAACACAGGCUUCCACGUAGACGGUCCCGGGUUCAAGCCCUAGAACUCCCAAAAAUAAGGAGUCUUAGGAAGCUGGAAAAACUUCUGCCUGACCUCUUAGACAACUGCUGACAGAGUUGACAGCACUGCACCAUAUGUAAGGUAGAUGCUGAUAGGUCUUCAAGGAGAACAUGUUUCUGUAAUGAACUUCCAUCAACCCAAGUGGUGUGGCUUAUGUCCAUUGCAGCUGCGACAGAGCUGUCUCUAAGAUCACUUCUGGCUUGUUGACAAGACUUGCUGUUUGCCGCCUCAGUCUUGUUCACCGGAGCUACAGAAGGGCUUUGCAUGCAACACACAAAGCUGUUGAUGAGCUCCUUCCAAUAUUUUGAGAAGCCUGAAACCAACAAGUCAAUCAAUUCUUAACUGUUUUGAAGGUUUACCUUGCAAAGCCUUUUAUGACUAGGGCCUUAGUGCCUCUCCUAGUAUUAACCUAUCUGGACCCUUUGUUUUUUAUCUGAGGAUCUUCUCUGAGUGCCCCUUCUGAGUGUGUCAACAAGGGAGAGGGCCUUUUGGGUUGUGGCUCCCAGCUGCAGAAUGUUCUCCAUGGUGACGCCCACCUAGCACCUGAACAUCCUUUUUGCACCAGGUUAAAAUGUAUCUCUUCUCCCACACAUUUUACAGAGUGUGGGACAAGCUGUUUAAUGGCCUAUCUGAUGUACAUUCUUGCUGCUGGAGUUUUUGUUGUUUUUCUGCUGGAUUUUAUUUAUUUAUAAUAUAUCUUAUGAGGUCAUUCGCCAUGAGAUCCCGGGGCGGGUUACAGCAAUAUAAUAUAAAGUUAUAGAACCAUCACAGAAACAAUUAAAUCUGUUCCAAAUGAUACAGAGCAGCAUACAUUCAGUAGAAGAGGGUAGGCUACACAAAACAAAAUGCUUAACUGUCAUAGACCGGGUUAAAGAGGUGCAUAUUUAGCACAUGGUAAAAGCUGUACAAUGAAUAUACCAGGCACACCUCUGUGGAGACUGUGUGCCACAAUUUAGGGGCUGCCACAGAGAAAACCCUCUCCCUUAAGGGUUCCUGUAACUGUUUUAUUAAAGUGUAUUAUUAUUAUCAUCAUUAUCAUUAUCAUAUGUUGUUUUUUCCGGUAAGCGACUAGUAAGUCAAAAAAUAAUAAUUCAACCUCAAAGUACAACACAAGCCCCUGUGACUUCUGAAAGUUUUCGUCGUCAAAACUUAAUUGGAAUAUGCAAAUCUCCACGAUCUUCUUUAAAUACAGUUUCUUUAUUGUAGGACUUCUGUAAGCUUUAUCACUAGCUAAAUGUUGUUUACUGUCUGACUUGUGCCACCUGGUGGGUUUUUAUAUAACUUCAGGGGAGGAAAUGGAAGACAUACAUUCAUAUAAUGGCCUAAUUUUCCCUAUUCUGGAUUGUACCACUUGAUACUGUCAGUGGGGGUUCUUUAGUGUUUCUGCAGUAGCUUUGACAUGUAAAUUCUGACAGGUCUAAUUAAGCCCACCAGAAGCAACUUGAAAAUUUCUAGGAAGCCAAUGAAGUCUUGUUUCUCAACCAGUAAUUUCACCAGCUCUAGAGAGAUGAGCAGCUUGUGCCAGAACAGCUAACAUAACCUUUCUUCAGCUAACAUGGUUUCUACUGAAAGCACAAUUUACCUUAAAGUAAACUUUGAUUAUAACAGAUAUAACAGUAUAUCGUGAGUUCUGGACAAACUUCUAGCAAUCUAGUUUUUUCAGCAAACAGAGCUAGAUGAGUUGGACUAAAGGCAAGACCUCUUAAACCUCUAAUAAGUGGGGCUCUGCCACAAAAUGUUGCAGUCUGUCCUAGAUAUGAUAAUUCUGAUAAUAUAAAAGACAGAAGUCUUUGCUGUCACUUCAUGUGGGGAAAUGUGUGUAUUUUAGCUUGAAAUUUAAAAGUACACGCAGUCAGGACACACACCUGCAUUCUGCAUUCAACUGAAUUCAGGAUUCACCUUGGAGGUGGACUGAGGGGUAAUUCAAGCAGGUCGACCAUUGUUGCAACCCGAGAUGUAUGGGGGAUGUUUGACCAGGAGUCAUAGAAGUCCAAACAAGUACCAGCCCCACCUCUGACCCCCAAUAUUAAUAGUGCAUAACAUUGUGAUUGAAGCCGAUCUCAGUGCUGCCUCCCUCUUUUAGUUUGCAAUAGGGGCACAGCAGUAAACUGCUUUCUUCCCCAAUGGGAAGGGGAAACAACAGUGGAUAAGAGUGCAGGGUUCUGGUAAACUACUUUCUCAGAUUCAGUCCAGUCUGCAGUAAGAGUAUCAUACUUUUGAGCAACAGUUUGGCGUUGUUGUAAUAAAACAGUCAGAUAGUGACCCGUGGUCUGCAGUAGUCAGCAUGAUCUGCACUGCCAGGCUGCUUUCUCCCAGCCCCUUCUGACUGCAAUUUGGGGAUAAUGAUCUGUGCGUGUCUCUUUCUCUGUCUUCUUUUGCACAGUUUCACUGCAUUCUCUGGACAGAGGGGGAAAACUGAGCGAAAGGAUUACAUAGGGAGAGAUACAAAGGUAGCCUCACACACCUUCUGCUCUUCUUACUGUCCCUGGCUGCUUUUCUUCCAGCUAGCUUCUUUUACCUGCUUACCAGCUGAUCAGCAGCCUUUUCCCUCUCACCCUCCUUUUCACUUUUCUGCACCACCAUGUCAAGGUGCAGCAAGCAGAUCAUGACAACAGAGGGUGAGGAAAACACAAGUGUCCCAGAUGGAGAGGAAGAGAGAAUGAAUGGAAAGCAAUGGAACCUUUAGCCUCUCGUGUCUUCCUCUGGGGCACUCCAAUUAUAUUUCCCCCUCCUGCACUGACGAUGCCCAGUGUAACCCUUCUUAAAUGGGGUGUGCCGGGGGGAGCGCAGACGUGAGCUGGCAAGGAUCUACUUGUUCCUAAGCCAGUCCAGUUAUUAGCAAGCCUGAUCUGGCACAGUUUCCUGUAGCAGCCUGGAGCUGAUGCAAACACCGCUACGCCACUAGCAUGAGUAGUGGGGCUCUGGAUGCAGCAGUUGCUCAGCUGCCCCCCAAAAGGUGAGGACGGUACCCUAAACCCCCACCCAAGCCCUGAAACAGAGGACUGAGGAACAACAGAGGGAGACCCAUGCCAAGUUUGCUUGAUAUUCACCAUAUAAGAUAUGAAGCUGCUUUAUACUGAAGCAGUCCCUUGAUUCAUGUGGCCCAAUACUUUCUGGCAGCAGUUCUUGGGUGGUUCAGGCAGAAGACUUGACUUGUCACAGGAGGUGCUGGGAAAUGGGAAACCCAAUCUUCUGCAUACAGAGCAUAUGGUAGUGGCACAAAGAAAAACCUACUUGGCUACUUUUAUUCUUAACCACUAGGUGUCACUCACUCACUUCGGUCGAACAAAUCCGGCUGCACAGAGAAAGAGCAUGUUUGUGUGUUCAUGAAGGCGAAUGCGUAUAUUUCAGUCAAUCCUAUGCCCCAAUCGCCCACAAGAAGAUACCGCAAGGAAGGAGUGUGAGGUGUGAAACACCAUAUGCCGAUGUUUUGGAAAAGAACAUAGACGUGAAAGUUUGUUAGCUCUGAGUGGAAGGACAUAUUGAGGGAUUACCGUAUUUUUCCGUGUAUAAGAUGCCCCCAUGUAUAAGACACCCCUUGUUUUUGGGGACUCCAAAUUAAGAAAAUAGGGGGAAAUUGUCAAGAGUUGUACAGUUGUUAAGCUUUUUGGGGGGAGGAUGCCCAUAGUUGAGCUUUUCUGGGGGGGAUUGCCGAAAGUCACUCACCCGACUGAACAAUGCUUAAAAUCGCAAGUGGAGCAAAAGCCGCCAAUCACCCGCCCAAUUGCCACGGGGGAAGCCAAUCAACAACAGCCCUUGCUGCGGCCACCAAUCAAAUGCCCAAUAGCCACCCACAGGCAGUCUCCUGCUCACAGCUGCAACCAAUCGCCUCUCCCCACUCUGCACUAUCCGUGUAUAAGACGACCCCCAAUUUUAAACAUAUUUUUAAAAGAAAAAUACUGUAUUUUUUCAUGUAUAAGAAUAGGUUUUCCCCCCUAAAAUAUCGUCAAAAAUUUGGGGGCAUCUUAUACACGGAUACAUCUCCCCCCCCAUUUUCUUAAAUCAGAGUCCCCCAAAAUAGGGGGCAUCUUAUACAUGGGGGCAUCUUACAGAUGGAAAAAUACUGUACUUCGUCUUAUAGAUGGAAAAGUAUGGUAAGUUCUACGCCAUUCUCAGAGAUAAUGAACAUCUUUUUUUUCUGAUGAAGUUCUGUACAACCAGGAGAGUGGGCAGCUGUCAAAAGGAUCUGCCCUGCAGUCCAACAGGCAGUGGUGAUGGAUGUAAAGAGACACUGGAGAAAACCAAGACAGAAGGGGGGCAUCGUUAAGAAAGCUCAUAUUCAGAAGCACUAAGUGAUUUGCUGCACAAAUAUGCAAAGCCAAAAUAUGAACCCUAAUAUAAAUGCUAGGUUUAUGUAGUUUUAUAUAUUUGGAGAGAUUUCAAAAAAUUAUUUGUGCCCGUAUUAACUGACCACAUAGAAAAUGCUUUGCAACAGAUUUCUUAACAAUGUGAAAUGCAAUACUUGAAUAAAAUAAAAUAGGUUGGAAGGUUACAAGUCCACUGAUCAGCUACUGGAAAUUAGUGAACUGGUGGUUGUUCUUUCUGGUUUUCUGAUAGCAAUCUAUAAAAGAUUGCUAAUAGUUGGCAGCGCUGAUCAACUAGCAAGAAUGUCACGAGCAAGGACAUUUUUCAGUCUGUGAGCCCAUAUGGAUACCGUUCCUGAUUAUUAAAUGAAUGUAUACUAGGAAAUGGCUGCAGGUUACCCUUAUUACAAAGUCUAGUUUGACUUACACCACUAUUUUUGCCAGAGUAAGUUCCAAGUUGUCAAGGCACCUGGGUUGAAAGAGGUUUGGAGCAGCUGUAUCUCCUUGCCCCAGAAUGCCCUUUUUGGGGACUUAACACUAGCAUAAGUCCCAUCAAUGGAGCCUGAUUGAGGGAAUUGCUGUGCCCCUGGCUGAAUUGAGAUGGGGGAGUUAAUCUGGCAUAACCCUGGGUCUGCCACAUUCACCUACUCCAAACAUACUCAAAUCUGGGGACUCUUGGGUUUGGAUUUUGCUGUAAGGCUGUAAUCCCAUAUCCACUUUCCUUGGAAUACGACUUUUAUAUACAGAAUACAGGCUUACUAAUGUUAAGGCUAAAAUGAAUUUAGGAAAUAAAAUUUUAGAGCAGUAUUCAACUAAGUUUUACUCAGCAGAGUAAAAAGGUAAAGGUAAAGGGACCCCUGACCAUUAGGUCCAGUCGCGGACGACUCUGGGGUUGCGGCGCUCAUCUCGCUUUAUUGGCCGAGGGAGCCGGCGUACAGUUUCCGGGUCAUGUGGCCAGCAUGACUAAGCCUCUUCUGGCGAACCAGAGCAGCGCACGGAAAUGCCGUUUACCUUCCCACCGGAGUGGUACCUAUUUAUCUACUUGCACUUUGACGUGCUUUCGAACUGCUAGGUUGGCAGGAGCAGGGACCGAGCGAUGGGAGCUCACCCUGUCACAGGGAUUCGAACCACCGACCUUCUGAUCGGCAAGUCCUAGGCUCUGUGGUUUAACCCAGUAGACCUGUUGAAAUUAGUGGUCCAAAUUUAGUCAUUUUCAUUAAUUUCAAUGGGUCUUCUCUGAGUAACACUUAAGUUGAAUACCAGCCUCAAUAGCAAAAUUAAGGAAAUGGUUUCUCUAAAUCGUUUGUGUCACAAAAUGUGAUCCUGAUUGCAAGUUUUAAGAGUUGGAGGGCGGGAGGAGAGGGAGAGAUUAGCUUUGCCAUCUCGGAAAUGACAGUUUUAUUACAUAUUCUAUCCAAUGCGAGUUAGGCACGCUGAAAUAAAUGGCUUUUGACACUGAGAAAUGAGAUGCUGUUUGGAACAGUUGCACUCCCCUGUAAUCAUUUUAAAUUUGGUGCAUUAAUCAAGUUUCUGAGCUGGAUACAAUAAUACAUUUUUGAGUUGCAAUACAGAGAGGUACGGUUUUGUGACAGCAUGCAUUCUACUAUUUAUUUAAAGCAUUUUUUAUCCUGCUUUUCAGUCAUGUUUACUUCCCAUUUCUUGAAAAAAAGAUUACAGCCCAUUAUGGAUCAGCCCAAUCCCCAGGAUUUGGCAAGCACCUGCACAGACCGAAAGCCCUUCUCAUUACAGUGGUGCCUCGCAAGACGAAAAUAAUUCGUUCCGCGAGUCUUUUCAUCUUGCGAUGUUUUUCGUCUUGCGAAGCACAGUCCGUCGCAGCUGUGCCUCUUCAAGCGGCUUUAAGAAAAAAGCGCAAGACGUUUUCGUCUUGCAAAGCAAGCCCAUAGGGAAAUCCGUCUAGCGAAGCAACGCAAAACCGCAAAACCCUUUCGUCUAGGGAGUUUUUCAUCUUGCGAGGCAUUCGUCCUGCGGGGCACCACUGUAUCAGGCAUAAAUCAGGGAUGGAGAACCAGAGACCCUUCAGAUAUUGUUGGACAGCAGCUCCCAUCAGCAUGGCCACUGGUCAGGGAUGAUGGGGACUGUGGUCCAACAUCUGGAGAGCCACAUGUUCCCCAACCCUGGCAUAAAUCUUCUGACGUAGGGAAUUUAGGCUGAGGACCAGGUGGAGGGGGACACCACUAGAGAAGCCGGCAUUGUAUCGGACUCACCAGUAUAAGUGGGUGAGAAGUUAUUUUCUAUUUUUUUCCUGUUAUUCUCUCUUCCCCUCCAUCCCCAAAAUAACUGUAGCUGUUAAGAUGGUUCUUCUAAUCUUCUGAAGAAAAAGGGAAAAGGUCUAAAGAUUUGCCAUGUUCUGUGCUCCUCUCCAGUGCUAACCUUCCAAGAGCAGCAAGAAGGAAAUGUGGGAAGCUUUGACAGUCUGUUUAUAUCACCAAGCUUUCAUGCAACAAGAUCAACACUGUACAGUGGUACCUCGGGUUACAUACGCUUCAGGUUACAGACUCCACUAACCCAGAAAUAGUACCUUGGGUUAAGAACUUUGCUUCAGGAUGAGAACAGAAAUCGGGCUCCGGCGACGUGGCAGCAGCAGGAGGCCCCAUUAGCUAAAGUGGUGCUUCAGGUUAAGAACAGUUUCAGGUUAAGAACGGACCUCCGGAACGAAUUAAGUACUUAACCGGAGGUCCCACUGUAAUACUGUUUCCUGGGGCCUUUCAGGCCUAGCUGCUUUGCAGCCAUGAUCUUGGGCUUCAAUAACCAGCGUCAGAAGAGUGACCUAGUCAUGGCAGCCGGAAGGAACACCUGUAGACUAUGCUGAGGAAAUGGAGUAGAGCCACUAUUCUGCACUGCUCCGAUAUACUGCAUUGAUCUAUAACAGGGGUAGGCAACCUAAGACCCAGAGGCCGGAUGCAGCCCAAUUGCUUUCUCAAUCCGGCCCGCGGACGGUCUGGGAAUCAGCGUGUUUUUACGUGAGUAGAAUGUGUGCUUUUAUUUAAAAUGCAUCUCUGCUAACACGUGGGGCAUGGGAAUCCGUUCAUCCCCCCCCCCCCAAAAAAAUAUAGUCCAGCCCACCACACGGUCUGAGGGACGGUGGACCAUCCCAUGGCUGAAAAAGGUUGCUGGCCCCUGAUCUAUAAAUUCUGAUGAACUACCAUGGUACAUUGCUUAAUUGGAAAAGCACUACUGAAUCGAGAUGCCUCCCGGAGAACCAAUUUCUACCUAAUGAUACUUGGUGGUAAGGACAGCUGCUUAGUUAGGAUGGCAAUUCCAUGUAAUUGGAACACCUUCAGGUAACUUCCUGGUGCUGACGUCUUUGGAGACGUCUUGGGUUUCACACUGGGUUCGAUCUCCUCGAAAAGCACACGGGUUCCUGCUUAAUUCUGUACCCUUCUGUUACACAUCUCAGGCUACAAAUACGCUUUCAGUCUGAAUCCUGUAGAUAGGGGUAGCAAACAUGGUUCUCUCCAUCAGUUUCAGCUAGCAUGGCCAAUGGUCGUCCAGCAAGAUUUGGAGAGCACCAUGUUUGCUACCUACACCCUAGUGGUCCCGGGCCCUAAGGAAGUUAGAUUAGCUUCAACCAGAGCCAGGGCCUUUUCAACUCUGGCUCCGGCCUGGUGGAACGCUCUGCCUCAUGAGACCAGGGCCCUGCAGGAUCUGAUUUCUUUCCGCAGGGCCUGUAAGACAGAGUUGUUCCGCCUGGCCUUUGGCUUGGAGCCAAUUUGAUACCCUCCCUCUCUUUUUUCUUUUCCUUCUCCUCCUGCGAUGAGGCUACAUUUUAAUAUUUUAAUGUUUCAAUAUUUUAAUGUAUUUUAAUUUUGUUUUUAAGUUGUAAUCAUUCAACUUGUUUUUAUUAUUGCUUGUAAGCCGCUCUGAGCCCGGCCUUGACUGGGGAGGGCGGGGUAUAAAUAAAAAUUAUUAUUAUUAUUAUUAUUAUUACCUCUUACACAGAUCCUACACUUCAACAGACACCUGUGUCUGGGCACUAUAUAACCACAUAUUCUUGGAUUCGGUUCCUAUCAUGAAACAAGUAUCCACUUCCAUUCUCACUGCUGUCCAAACUCAAGCUCUUCAUGUAUUAAAAUAAUAGAAUGCAGGAUUCAAUAGACAGAUCCGUGUUACUGGGGGGUGGGGAAUUUAGUAACAUGCAUGUUUCAAUAUUUGCUAAUUUAACAAGUUCCAUUUAGAAUAGUUAUAGAUGCGAAGUUACAGAUUUUGCGUUUGAAUACUUGUCUGCUAGAAAUGGUACCAAGCACAAUUCAAAGUGUUGGUGCUGACCUUUAAAGCCUAAAUGGCCUCAGCCCAGUAUACCUGAAGGAGCGUCUCCACCACCAUUGUUCUGCCCGGACACUGAGGUCCAGCGCCGAGGGCCUUCUGGUGGCUCCCUCACUGCGAGAAGCAAAGCUACAGGGAACCAGGCAGAGGGCCUUCUUGGUAGUGGCACCCGCCCUGUGGGGCGCCCUCCCAUCAGAUGUCAAGGAAAUAAAUAACUAUAUGACUUUUAGAAGACACCUGAAGGCAGUCCUGUUUAGGGAAGUUUUUAUUGUUUGAUGUUUUAUUGCUUUUUUAAAAUUAUUAUUAUUCUGUUGGGAUCUGCCCAGAGUGGCUGGGGAAACCCAGCCAGAUGGGUGGGGAAUGAAUGACUAGAUGAAUUAUUAUUAUUAUUAUUUAUAAGUUAUGUAUUAUUUUUUGUUUCAAUGAAUUUAAUUACCAACAGAACGCAAGAUUUUUAAAAAACCGGUUUUCUUAAACCUGUUUAUACUGUGAUAGCUAGAGAAGUUCGUCACCGAUACCUGCUUUUGCUUGCUCCAAGAAAAUGUCUCACUGACGAAGCAGUCCCUCUCAAAGAAACCAUGUAGAGUUUCCUGCACGUAGCCACCUUUUCUCAGAAGAUGUUAAUGUUACUAAAUGGGCAUCGGCGGGGGGGUAGGGACCAUGUUUUUAUUCAUCAAAUGGAACUUGGCCGAUGUAUCUGAAUUAUCAUUGUCAUGUUCUGUCAGAUGCAUUGCAGUAAAUCUUCAUUAGGGAUAAAAUAUUAUGGCUAAUAUAGCACGGCAGUUAAGAGACAGAGACUGCUGUCUUACCGCAGCAGAUGCUGCUGGGGCUGCAACUUCCCUCAUCCCUGAUUGGCUAUGCUGUCAGGGGCUGAUGGGAGAUGCAAGUCCAAGGGCUUCCCUAUGCACACAUCUAAUUGAAUUCAGCACAGAUUACACUGCAACUUCAAGUUGUGCCAUCUGCUAUGAAUUCGACAGGAGGCCUCAUGGCAAAGCACUCCUCUCCAGCCUCAGUCUCCCAUCUAUAAAAUGGGCAUAAUUAUGACCUAAUUCGGAAGGUUGCUAUAAUGGUUGUAGACUUUUAAUAUAUAUAAAACACUUUGAACACUCCAAAGGGCUUUACAAAUGCCAAGUGUGGAAACUGCGUGUUCAUGCUAUGGUAACCAGGACUGUACUUUAUGAUUGGGGAAGGAAAUGUGCAAAAAUAAAAUUAUUUCUAUGCAAGUUGAGACACAGGUUUCCUCUUAGCUCUGACAAUGUUUUAUUUGAGUACAUACCCUGAAGUUUGGAUAUACAGGCCAGAUUUUUCUUUAAAAACCAACGCUCGAUUUUUAUACAUGUAAUGCAAAUUUAGUUUUAGGUUUUUAAGUUUUGCUUUUUAAAAAAGAAAAAAAAAUGUCAUGUAACAAAACAUCUUCCAUCUUUCAUACAAAAUAACACUUUGGUUUCCUUUCCCUCCCCACUGCUAAUAGAAAGCAGUGAUAAAUCUUUGCACUGUAUUCAGUGGUUUGAGGUAUUGGCUUACAAAAAGUUGCAUACAAAGACCCAUUCCCCUCUCCCACCUCAAUGCAAAAAUUCCAAAGUACACUCUGACAGCUAAUGCUCUGCGAACACUUUAUUACACAAAUUACAUUCAGCUUCUGAAAAUAGUGUUCUAACAGUAUAACCAUCUAAAAAUAAGACAUCCUGGAAACACACAAAUUCUCGAGGAAGAAGAAAAACCAUUUUAAAUAGAGGCUUUAAAAAUCUUUCCCUCAAAGCAACAGAAUGCUAGUGAUUUUCUUUAAAAAAUAGGAGUUUUAGCAGCUUUGUUUCAUUGUGGCACUAAAUUCUCUCUGUUCUGUGAUAGGUUAAGGGCAUUGAAUGUGAAAAGGCACAAAAGAAAAAAUUGGAACUGAAAAAAUGUUUUCUUAAAGCAGAGGCUGGGACUUAUUUACAAAUAUAGAGAAGGUCCCUAACUGAAAUGAGCAGAUACUACUACUUUCAAAAUCAUUACUGCAAUUAAAUGGGAUUGUUCUGCUUUAUUAAAAGGUUCACAGAAGACAAUGGCACUGAUAUGAAAUGGUCACACUCUAAAACCAAACUGAAGCCAAAGGGAGGGGGCGAAUUGUGUACAGUCGCACAAAGGACUAGUACAGUUUACAAUUAAAUACACAAAAUCUUAAAACGUGCUAAAUCCGGCAAUCUUUGUAGAGUCAUACAAGGUAGAAAUCAAAGGCCAAUUUCAGGAAGAUGGAGGUAUCGCUGGAGGGUGAGGAACAGCAUCUUCCUCUUCUGAAUCUGUGGCAUCGUCCUCAUCUUUUUCUUGGUCGCUCCCUUCCGUACUAAGUCGGUCAAAUCCUUUUCGACUGUAGCCUGCGCGGCUUGCAAAGAAGUUCCCAAGAUUGAGGCCUCCACCACCUUUUCCUGAAAGUGGAAACACGCUUUAAGAAAGUGUUCAAUGUGCCCAUUAUUCUCACAAAUUGCUACUUUGGAUCAUAAUGCUUUUUGAUUUCCUAAGAUGGCAGCUGUGCUCAUUCAAGAACAGCAGCUUCUUAGACUUAGAAAACCUGUUGAGGUCAGUAUAAAGUGACUCGGAAUAAGUCCUCUGAUCUGCCUGUUGGAAUCAGCUGAUAUCUUCAGUUCUGUACAUUUCCCCCAUCAUGCCUUCCCUUGAGAGGCGUGACAUAGUCACAAUACAGGAUUGGCUUUCUUAACUAUAAUAGCCUCCAUCUUCUUCUCUGACCCCCCCUUUAAAGUUAGCUCAGGGAUUAUUUUGAACUUCGGCUGAGAGAAAUAAUUGCAGUCAUUAUUUUUCUUCAUUAUAUAAAGGGAAGAUUUGCAGAAGAUCAAUUUCUUAGUAUUGUUCUGUGUCUCUAGGAACACUCUUGUGUUCCUCAUCAAACCAAAUCAGCCGCUCCCCAAGGCUUUACAUGGUAGAUAAGGGGAAGACUCAACACUAUCACUACAGCAUUCUCCUAAGGAAUAGCUGCCAAAUUCAUUAGCAGAGGACAGACAAUUUGUACUAGGCAGGAGGCAGGCAGGCAUUUAACAUCUAAUGAAGAGUAUCAAUGCAAUGCUCACUUGCUAGAUACAUCUGGGAAUAUCUCACACAAGAGCCCAUAAACACAGAGAGCAUAUACUUUCAUGGAUCUUUUAUUAAAAAUAAAAAAAAAAUUAUUGUUAUUCUUUCAUGGGUCUCUGACUUCUUAGGAGUGUAACACGAGAUUGUAAAUGAAGGACUAUGUUUAUGUCCUGCUUUCCAGCCCCAAUUGGCUGUAAAACCAGUUUAUGAAAGAUUCUUACAAUAGACAUCAUGUUCAAGUCUCGUACGAUGAGUAGAAAUGAUGUGGUGUUGCUACAGUGCCCGGACUAUUUCCUGCCCUCAUCCUUGGUCUUUGCUUUCCCUUUACUCACCUCUAAAUUUGCCCAGGAUUCCCCCUGAACUUGAAUCAAGUUUAUGUUCGGCAUCAGCUAUAAAAAUGAGACAUAUUGCUACAUCAGGAGCAAGCACCCUCAAGCAGAAUUAUAUUAUCAACACACACCAGAAAAUAAAGCAGGAUUUGUGCAAAUCAAGCUAUGUGGAAGAGAAAUGGAAAUGAAAUGGCAAAGUCUCUGUUGGGCCUUGGUGGUUUUGCUGUGUUUGCAGCUGAAAAGUAACAGCACUAUUUGUAAAUGAUUCUGUUCUGCCGCUGACUAUUAGAAUUUUACUUUCGCAUAUAACCCUAGAAUGUAAAAGACGUGAGAUCUGGAUUUGUCCCACUGAGAAAAUGAAUUAAGUUCUAAAAGUGACUUCCCUUAAAAUUACUUCUUUAUUUUUUUAAACAUAUUUCUAUUAAAGAUUUCUUGGUUUACAAAAGUGUGUGCAAUAUCCCUUUUUUCAAGUUACAUUUUCUACAAUCUUAAAAAACCCUCAUUAAAUCUGUCAUAGUGAAACCAAGCUAGCCUUUUGAAACAUUAAUUCAAAACAUUAAUUCAAAUAUUCCCAACAAGGUUUACUUUUGAAAAGUCAUAUCCAUAGGGCAAAACUACAUAGUAGCACUUGUUUGGAAACACCGUGUGUUGCACUGUUUAUAUAUUGAGCUAUAUCCUACUUGCAGAAUUGCUUCUGGUAUUUAUAAAAUGUUUCCCAUGUGAAAACUAUACUUCCUAAGCUUACAGGAGCUAAAAACUAGGGCAAAUCCAAGUUAUUGUAGAUGAACAUUGGGCAAGCACACUCUGAAGCACCCCCCGCAAAAGAAAACCCACUGCAAUUUUUGUACCAUUUUGAACAAUUUCUGUUCACUGUCUCUUGGCAGCUGCUUUGACAGUUUUUAAACAACAAAUAAGAGUUCUUCCUGAUGUGAUCCCGCUAAUAAGGAAGAGGUAGCUAACCUGGAGUUUUCAAGAUGCUGUUGAACUACAACUCCCAUCAGUCCCAGCCAACACAGCCAAUAGUCAGGGAUGAUGAGAGCUGUACUUUUAACAGCAUCUGGAGGACCCCAGGUUAGCCACUUUUGCAACAGGGGCCAUGAAGCCAGUAUGGCACGACAGUGUAGCUGAUCAGAUUUGGAUAAGUGACAAUAUCAAAAAGAGCAAGGCAACACACUCUGCCCUCAUCCUGAAUGGGCCAAAAUGCGGAACAAGUGCAAGUUCCACCUGCGAUAAUGUGAGAAGUCCCCUCCGUUAUUUACAUAUUAUUAGCAAAUGCAUGUAAUAAGGCCCCUGAGCGAGUAUUUAGUAAAGCCAAACAGCUUUUCAGUGGUGGUGGUGGUAGAUUUUGAGCAGAAACCAUUAAAGGAAGCUCUUUCCUCUCCUUCCUCCUCUAUUCUGCUCUAAGCCAAUUCUCAUUAUGAACGAGAAGGGAAAGGCCACGGAAAGUUGAUGCAGAGUGCAGAAAUGGCGGAUGGGAGAAGGGUGCCUUCUUCCUGUCCCUUCUGCACUCAAAAUCCCACAUGAAGGUUUCCUUGCAAUUAUUGCAUGGCUUUGUUUACAGAGUUAGCUGACGGAUAGGUCUUAACACUUGGUCUUUACUCUGAACCUAUAACAUGCUGCUGCUGCUGCUGAGCAUACAUCUAUGAUAGGUAAGUUAAUGGGUGCUGUUACUCUGGGCUAUUUGCAAGCAUUAAAUUAUAGAAAUUUAAGAAAAGGAAGUGAAGGGUUAUUUGUUUUAGCACAUACAGAAGGAAUUCCACAUCAAGGGAGGCCCAGAUGGAUUCUAAAGAGUAAGUUGGGGACAUCCAAAGGAGAGAGAUCUUAUUCAGAGCCAGCACAAAAGACAGCAAGACCGCUCCAUAAUUGGCUGCGCUUUCUUCAGCUACCAUUUUGAACAUCCCAAUCUUUAUGAACCCACAAAGUAAAAAACAAAACAAAACACUGCCCCCUGCUAAAGUACUGCAAGAAAAUUUAAUCCGAACAGAGAAAGGAACAUAAAAAGCCACUUUCCAAACCAAGAAAGCCAGAGAUACAGGGAUCAUGGCACAUCUUACUUUUGUCUGCUCAAAUUUGACUGCUGCACAGUAGUGGGGAAAUAAGCAUCACACACAGUUUUAUUGUGCUGGUUCCAUGAAGGUUUUGGACAUGAAAAAGGAUUGUUGUUACCAAUUUAAGAGUUAGCUAAUUACCUCCAUAGAUUCUUGUCUUUCUCCACCGGAUAAAUACUGCAAUUGCCAAAAGGACGAUGAUUGGAAUAAUUAGAAGCGUCGUAAUAAGGACAACAGAAACUCCGGUGCUGGCCUGCUGGACCACGGGGUGCUUUUCUUCUUUCUUUAACAAUUCCUUUGACAUGGGUUUGUUUGUCAGUCUGGCUUCUAUAACAGCCUCUGCUUCUUUAAGAAAAGAAGGAGAUUGAACAAAGAUGAGGUUUUUCACACUGUGCAUAUGGACUCCACGGGAAUGUGGAAGUUCACUUCAUAACAUGUAUUAAAAAAAUGAAAAAAAGAAAUGUGAAUUUCUGUUUAAGGAGAAUGGCGCUGAUCACCAGUGGUCAAGAGUCAGUAGGCACAGCUCAGAGCUUCUUUGGAGGAGCUGCCACCCUCUGCCUUACAGACAACCUACCCCAGGACUUGUGCUCUCAGUCGCCCUUGUUUCCCCUACCAUGGUGGAACGGAAACCAGAGGGACUGUGGGCACCACCCUACUGGGCCUGGACCAAGGGCUGCCUCAUCUGGGACUCAACAAGGCCCCAAACCCAUUCUGCAAACUUUUCCAGGGCCCCUCCCAGUUACCAUAGGAAACAUACCAAAGGGCAUAAAUACAGGGCUCACACCUCUGAGGCAUCCUGAUGAGGUUGUGACAUUGACCUCCCAGCAGGCGUGCCAGCUCCAGGGGGCCAAGGCUCUUUGGGCCCCCUCAACCUUUUUUAAAGGGAGCCAGGGGCUCCCAUUGUUGAGGCUGAACGCAGUGAUGUCAGGACAUUGUGUGACUUCAGGACGUUGUGUCGGGCCCCCUCAGUGUUCUUCUGAAGAUGCCGCCUCUGCCUCCCAGUUUGGUGGGGAAGGGCCCAGACUAGCAGAGUCCUCCAAAGGGAGGGAGGGGGCUGACCACCAUUCUGAGUUCCUGGUCUCGGGUAUGAUGUCUGCCCACCCUCUGGGAAGAGUAGGCAACAAAAGUACCUCCUCAGAGCAGGCAAAGCUCUGUGCUCUGGCUCCACUAGUGAAGCAGAACAGCUUUGCUUCAGCCACUACCUACUCAGUGCGAUAUUCUCUGCAGCCUCUUCUCUAGAUGCAAAGAAAAAAAACUUCUUUUGUGCCAGGUGGUACAAAGCAGACUGAGUCACGACUACCUCCCAAAGGAGCACCUCUGUUUUUCCCUCAGGUGGCUUUGGACCAACUGCUCAGGCUUUUUGGCAGGAACUAGGGAUGUGGGUGGCGCUGUGGGUUAAAACCACAGAGCCUAGGACUUGCCGAUCAGAAGGUCGGCGGUUCGAAUCCCCGCGACGGGGUGAGCUCCCGUUGCUCGGUCCCUGCUCCUGCCAACUUAGCAGUUCCACAGCACGUCAAAGUGCAAGUAGAUAAAUAGGUACCGCUCCGGCGGGAAGGUAAACGGCAUUUCCGUGCGCUGCUCCGGUUCGCCAGAAGCGGCUUAGUCAUGCUGGCCACAUGACCCGGAAGCUGUACGCCGGCUCCUUCGGCCAAUAAAGCGAGAUGAGCGCUGCAACCCCAGAGUCGGUCACGACUGGACCUAAUGGUCAGGGAUCCCUUUACCUUUAGGCCGCAAAAGGUCCUAACCUCAAUUAUGUGAAGCCCCCCAGAAAACUCCCUAACUAAUCCUUAAGAGGGGAAGGGAUAACAAAGAUGAGCAGGGAGGGGAAGAGAAUAAAGGGUAAAAGUGAAAUUAAAUAGCUCCGAUAAAGGGGUCAGGUUUCAGGAGUCUGAACAGUCCCCCUGCCAAUUCGCUCACAAACAGAGUCAGUCCAGGAGGCAGGGGGGCAGCAGAUCUUUCAACAAAGCUCAGAGCUCUGUCCGCUGACUCCCGCAGAAGUUGUCAUCUCCACUAGUCACUGCCACCUGGAAACCUCCUGUAAAACACUAAUUAGCAGCAAGCGCAAGAUGCUGAAAGAUUGGUUGCCAUAGAAGGAAAGGAACAGGAAUUAUAACUUUCAAAUGAAAGACAAGCAAAACAGACCACGCUGCAAUCAACUGCAUGUGCUUUCAUGUGCAUCAUGUCUUAUAGGACUAGCAACUUCUAGAUCACUUUUUAAUAGAUGUGAACCCCCCCCACACACAUAUACACGCACCCUCCUCCCAGGCAGUCAUUGACUUUUGUAGUUGCUACGCAUGGGCAAAUGCGGUUUGUGUGAAGGAGUUCGAUACAUGAUGGAGUCCAUAGUCAAGGCUCAUUGAACAAGCCAAAUUCCAACACCUGGAGGAAAAGCUAUUUGUCUAAAUCCAUUCUUUGUGUGCCAAAAGAAUCGUAUGGCUUAUUUAUCCUCACGACAAUUUUGCAACGUUAAGGUCCCUCAGCAAUCCAGUUUUUAUAAGUGAGCUUUCAACUACCCAGUGAGUUCACGGAUAAAAUGGAAUUUCGAAGCUCACUGUUGUAAAAGGGCUGCUUUGGCAACUCUCAUCCUGGCAUGAUAAUUCCAGAAGGUGGCCUUUGGCUGCCACAGCUGGGCAAGGCAGGAACUGCCAAAUCUCACAAGAUGUCUGUCCUCGUGAGAUUUCAGCCCUGCCAUGCUUGUGUGCUAAUGCAGUUUCUUGACAAGGCUGAUGGGGGGGGGGGGGAAGCUUUGGAAAAAGAUGUUGCUUGGUAACUUUCAAAUGCAGUCAACUCAUCAGUAGCAGUCCGUGGGAUGGUGUUGCUCGGCUCUGGCUUCCCAGUGCCCAGUAUCACUGCCAGUUACCAAGAGACGAGAGUAAGAAGCAGGGAGCUGGGUGCAGUGUGCGCUCAUAAGACUGGCUUCGCUGCUGAAACCACAACACACUGAGCUCCCUCUGCCUCGCCUAUCUCCGUCUCAGUAACUGUCCCACUAACCACUACUACAGCCAACACUGGUUGCAAAGAGUGUUCAUCCACAAGGCCCAAUUCUCAGACUCUUUUUCAUUUACUAUCAUUAAUCUAUCCUGAAUCUUUUCAAUAUAAUUGGAGCAUUUACAAAGCUACCUCGUAAAGUUGCAAAUGAUUGUACAGUCGUACCUUGGUUUUUGAACAGCUUAGUUUUUGAAUGUUUUGGCUCCUGAACGCCGCAAAUCCGGACUGUUUCAGUUUGCAAAUGUUCUUUGCAAUCCGAACGUCCGGCGGGGCUUCCGUGGCUUCUGAUUGGCUGCAGGAGCUUCCUGCAGCCAAUCAGAAGCUGCACUUUGGUUUCUUUCUUUUUUCAAGUUUUUUUUAUUGAUUUUCACAAAAUUAUAAACAAACAAACAAACAAACAAACAUAAAUCAUAACCUUAUUAAAAUUACACUUAUUAACAUUGUUAAGUGACUUCCUCGCUUCCCCUUGGUUGAAUUUCUUAUUGAUUUUAACAUAUAAAUUAUAAAAUGUACCACAAAACUUAUCACUUAUACAAUCUUUUUAGACUUCCAUCAGCACCUCUGAUGAUCCACCGUUUUAACCACUUCUUAUGCAUUUCUUAACUUUAUAUUGCCUUUACAUCUCUUAACAAAUCAUCCUUCCCCUUCUCCAUUUUUGCAAUACUUCCAAUAAUACUCCUCACAAAACUUCUUGCAAACCUACAAACGUCAUCUGAUCUUCACAAAUACUUUUCAAAUAGUCUGUAAAUUUACUCCAGUCUUCCGUGAAUUUAUGGUUCCGCCGGUUUCGAAUCCUUCCUGUUAGUUUAUCUAGUUCUGCAUAGUCCAUUAACUUCAUUCUCCAUUCUUCAAUCGUCGGGCUGCACUUUGGUUUCUGAACAUUUUGGAAGUUGAACGGACUUCCAGAAAGGAUUCCAUUCGACUUCCAAGGUAUGACUGUAUUGUUAAGAAAACAAACCACUUUUAAGUUGUGGGGGAUUUAGAGAAACGGUAGGUGGCACCUCCAGCAUCAUCUCUCCCACAUUCCCCAUUGGCAGUACUCAAAAUUCUUGUUUGCAAGUGUAAAUGUACUUUGAACACGUCCUCACUCUUCUCACUGGGAGGUAGGAGACAUUAAGUUGUUUUGGGUGGGAGGCAUUUUGGUUUCUGUGCUUUAAAUUGCAUGUAUGUGUGUUGUUUGCAACGAUGUUAAGUAGCUUGUAUGUACAUUCAGAGGUGGAUUUAGGGCAGCAUGACUGGUUCCCCCACUCAGGGCACUGAACCAAGAGGUCACCAUCCUGCCUCCUUCCCCAAGCCCAGUAAGUGCUUGCUUCGGGAAGGAGGCAUGAGGCCAAAUUUUGGCAUGAUUUUACCAAGAUUCAACCCUGUGUACAUUGAUAUCUGAAAGCAUGGCCCAUUUUUUAAAUCAUAUUUUAGGAAGUAUUUAAAACAUUAAAGAGAUUCAGACUUUCUUUUCUUGCCUUGUUAAAGAAGCCCAUAAAUAGGAACUCCUAAGAUCAUUGCUGUCAGUUGCCUGAGCUCUACCUUCCUUAGCAUAAGGAGACUCGCCAUAACUCUUAGUGCUUUCGUAUUUAGGAAUAACAAAUACAACUGAAAAAUCUUGACAAGUAUUAAAGUUUUAAUUUGCUUACACAAGUGCUUUCCAGACAGCUAUUUGCACAUAGAAACCAUAGUGACUAUUAAGUUGAGGAAGAUUCCCAAAACAUAUUUUAUCUUGUUUAUAGUAAUACAAGGCCAUCACAUUUUCCCCCAAGGCAGUCAAACUGAGACAAGGCUAACCUUUUAUUUCCUGUACCUCAAUCCCAGCCUUCUUGACAGACCGAUGCUCCAUUUCUGCAACACACACACAAAAAAAACAGUUUUAAGCCCUUGUGAUGUGUGUGAUUCAUAGAGGUUGUAAUGGCCACCAUUUGUGACACACAAUUGCCUUUACAAGCCUGCACUACUUAGAAGAUUAGCAGGGCUGGUCUUAAUUGGCAAUAUAUGCAAAAUCUAUGGGACACAGUAGCUAAGUACUCUCUCUCAAAACUCAAAGGGUUUUCUGCCUUUGUAACCAGUAUAGUAACCUCAGGAUUAAGUAUGACUUGCGCCCAAACCAAUCUGUUAAAAUGGGGGUGAAACUGGAUUCGGAUACUGGGGCAGAUCCAGAAUUGGCCCACCCACCACAGGCCACCUGAGAUGUCAUGAUGGCGUCAUCUCUAGGUAUGCUCCUGAUUCUUCCUUUGCAGCCACAGCUUCAGAAUCAGCGCUGAAUGAAAACCCCACUUUUGGCAGGGAUCUGCUCCAUUAGGGAGCUCCUAAGACGAGCCAGUUCUAGCAGGGCUUGCAUUCAGUGCUGGAUUUAAAUUGUGCUGAAUUCAGAGGGAAAAUGGGGAAUGCAUUCUAGGGCUCCUGGUUGUUUCUUUUGCAACUGAUGCUUUACCUGUCCCACAUGCCAUAUCACACGUGGGGCAGGUGGGUAUGUAUGGCUGGUGGCUUUGCAGGCCUAAUUUGAUCUGUGGGCCAGAUCUUCCCCAUCCCUCAGUUAAAGCACCAUCUUUCUUAGAUGGGUACACUUCACCACAUCUGAAAAUUCUGCAUCAAGGAAGCAUGUGCUCAAGAUAUAUUUAUGAACAUCAUGGAAACCAAAACCUGCCCCUCAUUUGCACAAUAUAUUCCCAGUUAAAUACUUUCGCAUAGGCUUGCAUGGUGGAUGGCUUGGAAGAAAUGACUCAGCUUUGCAGAGCACAGACACUGUCCACUGAAGCUGAGACUUAGUGGCAUUUUGAUUCCAAGGCUUUGGUUGGCAACACCCCAGCAUUCAAAAACCUCUAGUUAACAUCAGAUCCUAAAAAGACUAUGCAAGAACACUUACAUAUUAUGGCGCUAUCAAUAUAUUUGGGAAAGCUGCAGAUAACAUUGUUGCUGUUCCAUUCCUUUAGACAUUAAGAUUUAUUACCUUCAUACAUCCUUAUUCUUCCCAUUGUCGCUGAAGACUACACUCUUAAUCAUACAAGAAGCCUUUUGCUUUUUAAAGCCACUAAACUGAGCGAAUUGAAUGAGAAUGGCAAAGAUGCUCAUCUAGGGGGAUUACUGAAGAGACAGACAAGAAGUUACUGUCAUAAUGCAGGAGUAGAGAAACUUCUUUGGCCAGAUUAUUUUAUCUCCCAUGGGCAAAAUGUGACAGGUGGGCAGUAACCUAACAUCUCUAUGAUGUUAGGUGAUGCCGUGCUUUGAAGUUCCAAUCGUUAGGACAUCAAAGCACAGAGCAGCACUGUUUGAAAGCCUCUGCUGGGGUGCCUGAACUGAGCAGAAAUUUAUUCCUGUUCAGCAGCUGACUAAGUCCUGCUGCCUUGGCUUUGCAAUCCUGUCCCCUCCUGGAGACAGGUGCAUGCAGCCAAAGCAGGAUGCGUACCUGUCCAUCACCUGAUGUCACUAGUGAUGUCACCAGAUGGGCGGGUAUGGCUUGGGGAAAAUUGCUUUGAGGACUAAAGUGGACGUCUUGGUGUGCCAAGACUGGCUUACAGGUUGGAGCUUCCCCACCUCUGUCAAAAGGGAUGGAAUCACGUGACAAGUGCUGAAUUAUCUUAUGCGUAUUUACAUUUGUAUUCACUCAGUGAACAGAGGAAAAUAUGGGACCUGUAAACUGCAUGUGCCGCUAAGCUAAGGGAUGGGACCAGUUUUAGGGAACAGGACCAACCCUCAUUUCUGAAUGUCAGUCAGUCAGUCUUUAUUGCUGUAAACAUAGGUCAAAACAGAAUUGUUCAUGGAAUUGCUGCGUGUUUUACACCAUCCUCUACCAAGAGCUGUUUUUCAAAACCUUAGUCUUAGUGAAAAAGCUGAAGUUGUUGGUAUUCCAUUGCAGAGGAAAUAAUCAGUUUUCUGUGGUACCAAACCAGCCACAGAGAUUCCUAGACACUUCAGUCAGGAGCACCUGUAUGGCAGAUGCAAGUGACCAUUGCUCAGCAGCUCACCUGAGGCAUAGCUACUGAAUCCACCCUUGAAAAGGAAGAGGAGAGGGAAUAAGGAGUGCACAGACAAGCGACUGACCAACCGCCAGCAGUUGGAGGUAGGUGGGAUGGGAAGGGACACAAUUCUGUAUUUGGGGUGAUGGAUGACACUUCAGAAUGGAAUGGUAGUGGCCCUAAUGUGAUUGUGUCUUAUUAUUUUAUGCAGGCAGCCUUGGGAAUCCUUCUGCAUCAAAAACAGAGCAGAAAUAAAGUAAAUGGCAUAUAAACCACGCAUAUAAUAGCAAGCAGUUGCACUUGUGGCUCUAAAUGUUGCAAAUGGGAAACAAGUUCACUUUGCAAUUUGUACUUAAAAUAUAUAAAUCUCAUCUGGCUUUGUUUCAUUCUGACUGGUGGUGUUACUCUUUGCUUUACUGUUCUUAUUGUGGUUGUGUUCUGCCUCAGAUGCUUUUUUGGGGACGAGACUGUAAAACAAACUUGGGGAACCCCCCCCCCAAAUAAAUAGUAUACAACAGAACUGUCCAACGAUUUGUGAGUUUAUACCUUUAAAAAGCACAGAGCUACUGAAGGGGACACCGUCAGCCAAGAAGGUUUAAUGACCAAGUGGCAGCAAAUGUUCCAGCGGGAGCAACAUAUUUAGGCUAACAAGAUGUGAAAGUGGCUUAGGAGAAUGAAAAUUAAGUCAUUCAGCCAGUGGAGUGACUACCAUUCUCAGCUGACUUGUCAAUGGACAUUAAAUGCCAGAUGCUGAGGGACAAGAUGGGGAUGAAGUGAUCUCUAACAGGAUAAUAUGCCAGGCAUGGCAGCACAGCAUUUAAUGCUGCAAACCAUCUUGGUGAACCUCUAAAAGGGCAAAAAUUGACAAGCGUGUCCUACAUCCCUCCC